CUCUGGAUGGAGCAGCUGGGAGGAGGAGGAGGAGGAGGAAGCCUGGCGCUGCUGCUGUUACCGCCGCUCGCUUAGGAACCGCCUCAGCCGGAGCCAGCCAGCCAGGGAGCCGCCAGUGCCCGCUCCGUCGCCCAGUGCCUCAACCUCCUUCCUGUAUCUCAUCUUCUUUGGUUUUAAACCUCCAGUCCAACCAUGGGGAAGCAGAACAGCAAGCUGCGCCCAGAGAUGCUCCAAGACCUCCGGGAAAACACGGAAUUCUCCGACCUGGAGCUCCAGGAGUGGUACAAAGGCUUCCUCAAGGACUGUCCCACCGGCAUCCUCAAUGUGGAGGAGUUCAAGAAGAUCUAUGCUAACUUCUUCCCUUACGGUGAUGCCUCCAAGUUCGCUGAGCACGUCUUCCGCACCUUCGACACCAACGGUGAUGGCACCAUUGACUUCCGAGAGUUCAUCAUCGCCCUGAGUGUCACUUCGCGGGGGAAACUGGAGCAGAAGCUGAUGUGGGCUUUUAGCAUGUACGACCUGGAUGGGAAUGGCUACAUCAGCCGGGAGGAGAUGCUGGAGAUUGUGCAGGCCAUCUACAAAAUGGUCUCGUCUGUGAUGAAGAUGCCUGAAGAUGAGUCAACUCCUGAGAAGCGGACGGAGAAAAUCUUCCGACAGAUGGAUACCAAUAAUGAUGGCAAACUGUCCCUGGAAGAGUUCAUCAAGGGCGCCAAGAGUGAUCCUUCCAUUGUGAGGCUGCUGCAGUGUGACCCCAGCAGCGCCUCCCAGUUCUGAGCGCCCCCCGCCCUGUCUUCCCUGUGCAGCGGCAGCAGCAGGCGGCAGGACAAGGCGGCUUUCGGAAGCGGAGGCGGCACCACCACCACCACCUCACUUGGCUCACGGUCUCUCCCCUCCCCCAAGGAGGUGACCAGCUUCCCAGUUCUCCCCUUGGGGUAACGGACAUGUCCCCAAGGAGGCAAACGGCACUGCCGACGUAUUUCUGUCUUCUGACUCACAGGUUUCCUCUCUCCCCCUCUCCUGAACACUGUAGUUGUGUGUGAAUGUGACACUGAUGUGGGGGUGGGGGGCUCCUGCGUGGUCGGGACAGUGGCAGCAAGAAGGUGGAGCACACAGUCCAGCUCAUUUCCUGAGGUGUUGGCAUUUGGGUUUUGCAAACUGUUUUCCACACCUGACUGCUGCUUGUGAUGCACUAUAACUGUGACUGCAUGUGUGUGUGUGUGUGUGUGCGUGUGUGUACGUCCUUAAUUACAGGAGCAGAAUAUGCUGCCUGGGGUCCAGUUCAGCCUCCUGAGAACCUUGCACUGUCUCUUUCUGUAAGGCAAGCCCUCUAGGAUUUGGGGCUGCCAAGGGAGACUCUUGGGAAACUGAAUGAAAUCUCAGAAGGAAGAAGGAGAUGGGGGGGGGUUGUUAAAAGAUACGAUGGGACAAUGAGCAGGACUAGCACUGGUCAUUUGCUCAGUACUCUGUGUAGCUGUUGGCUUCUCGACCCUGGCUAGGAGAAUAUAUUACGUAUAAAACCGCCGUUGUCAACCUGGUGCCCACCAGAUGUAUUGGACUACAAUUCCCAUCAGCCCCAGCCAGCAGUUGUUGGCUGGAGCUCUUGGGCGUUGUCACCCAAUAAAUCUGGCAGGCGCCAGGUUGGCACAGGCCAAUGUAAUGUAAGCACAAAUAUACAC